UUCCAAGCAGAAAUGAACCACAUCCUACGCCCACUCUUGGACGAAUGCGUGGUGGUGUACCUGGACGACAUCCUCAUCUACUCGCGCGACAUGAAGCAGCACGUCGAACACCUGCGACGCGUCUUCGAAAUUCUUCGACGGGAACGUUUCUACGUCAAACUGUCCAAGAGCGAAUUCGCCCUGGAGAAGGUCCAAUUUCUAGGACACAUGGUGAGCGCUCAAGGAGUUCACGUCGACCCCAAGAAAAUCGAAGCCGUACGUACGUGGAAGACACCCGAGACCGUGAAGGAGUUGCAGCAGUUCCUAGGCUUCGCUAAUUACUACAACAGGUUCGUGCCACAGUAUGCGAAACUCGCGGCACCACUCACGAAUUUGCUGAAGAAGAACACGCCCUACAAAUGGGAGACGAAGCACCAGGAAGCCGUGGAGCAGCUGAAACAAGCACUGACAUCCGCACCGGUGCUCAUCUUGCCAGAUCCCGAACGUGACUACGUCAUUGAAGCAGACGCCAGUGAUCAGGCCGUGGGAGCAGUCUUGAUGCAAGACCAGGGGAAUGGACUGCAACCAAUUGCCUACCUCAGCAAGGAACUGCACGGGGCAGAACUCAACUACCCGAUACACGACAAAGAGGCUCUUGCUAUUGUCAUCGCCUUCAAAGCAUGGAGAUGUUAUCUCGAAGGACGACAAACAACAGUCUACACCGACCACUGCAGUCUGAAAUAUCUGAAGACACAACCAACCCUUUCCAGGCGGCAGGUCCGGUGGAUUGACUUCCUCGAGACACACUUCCACUACGACAUCGUGUACAAGCCCGGCCACAAAAACAAAGCAGACGCCCUCAGCCGGCCUGCACACUAAGCAGAAAAAAGCAGGACUGCUACA